UUUACGAUCACCCCUUCGUGUCUUUGUGGGUUGUUGGCCUAAACUUUAAUCAAUUAAAUACUCCGUUAAAGUCACCAUCUUGUCUUUGAGUUGGGUGUGUGUCCAUUUUUUCAAAAUCUAACUACUACCAUUGCUCUUUUCCUCCUUAUAAAAGCACAUUUAGAUUUGCAUCUUUACUACCUCAACUGGAGCUCUAACUGAAAGUUCUCUUAGUUAAACAAACAAUCUCAGCUAAGAAAAUGUCUCAGGGAAGAGGCAGUGCAAAUCUCGCCCUGUUUUCUGCAGCAGUAGUGCUAUGCCUCCUACUGGUUUCUGUUGAAAACGUUAAUGCGGCAACCUACACUGUGGGAGGCGCUGGUGGUUGGAAUUUCAACGUGGCUAACUGGCCCAAAGGAAAGAGCUUUAGAGCUGGAGAUAUUCUUGUGUUCAACUACAAUCCAACUAUCCACAAUGUGGUGGCGGUAAACGGAGGAAGUUACAGCAGCUGUAAGACUCCGGGGCAUGCAAAAGUGUUCAAAUCAGGCAAGGAUCGGAUCAAGUUGGUGAAGGGACAAAACUUCUUUAUAUGCAGCUUCUCUGGGCACUGUCAAUCUGGGAUGAAGAUUGCUGUUAAUGCCGUGUAAUCUGAUGAGAUUAAUAACUCUCUCUAAUAAUUACGUUAGUGUUUUGCUAGUUUACAUUACUUGUUUUAAACAGAGUGGGGCUUGAUUAGGGUGUGACUGCAAAAUAAAAGUUUUGAGUGUUACUCUGUUUUAUCU